UUCAAACACAACGGUAGUCAAAUUUACAACAGUGUUGCCCGUUAUACUAAACUUGAAAGUUUUUCGAGGCACAUAAUUAUAUAUUCCAAAAUAUGUAUAUUGUUCAAGUAUUCUUCAAAACUUUAUUAUAAAUAAACAAAAACAAAAAUCGCAAUUAUCAUAAAUAGCGGAUGCGCCAUUACUUUACCUUUGAUCUUAAACAUAAAUUUAUGGACGCCAUUCAUAAGUACAUAAAGCAUCAGCGCGGCAAACCAUAUAAAAAAUGACAACCUAAAGGACGUUUGAUGAUGGACACUAAGUAAAAAGCGGUGUUUAAAAUAUAACAUAAAAAGAAGUAAAAUCCAAAUUCGUCUAAAAAAUAGUAUUAACCUCAACAUCAAAACUGUAGCAGCUCACUCUCUUCAAAUCCAGCGCUCUUACGCUCAACUCAAUAGCAACUAAGGUGCAGUACAGGCUAUACAACAUGUCACACAACAUUGUUACAAACGCUUCCCCCGAUGAACCGCAGAUCCCGACUUUGGCGCUCUUCCCGCUCGAAGAGGCUAUCGACUCGCCGUUGCUUCAAAAUCUCAGCACAACGAUGGCUGUGAGCAUAGAGAAUGGCACCUACAAUACAACCAUGGAAUAUUCAUAUUAUGAAAAUUGUCCAACAAAUGGCGACUCUAUUGGACAUAUUGUGAAUUUUGUGCUCUAUGUGAUUGUUUGUGUUAUUGGCCUGUUCGGCAAUACGCUUGUGAUCUAUGUCGUGUUGCGUUAUUCGAAAAUGCAAACCAUUACUAAUGUCUACAUACUCAAUUUGGCAGUGGCUGAUGAGUGUUUCCUCAUUGGCAUACCCUUCCUGCUGCAUACCAUAGUUAGCGGUAGUUGGCAAUUCGGCAACUUCAUGUGUAAAGCUUAUAUGGUCAGCACGUCAAUUACACAAUUCACUUCGUCAAUCUUCUUGUUGAUCAUGUCAGCAGAUCGUUACAUUGCCGUCUGUCAUCCAAUAUCUUCGACGCAAUACCGCACGCCACUCAUUUCAAAAUUAGUAUCCGGCUUUGCUUGGCUUACUUCGGCUCUGCUGAUGUUGCCGGUCAUCAUAUUCGCCAACACGGUGGAGCAGAAUGGACACAUUUCAUGUCACAUCAAGUGGCCUGAGUUGGGACAUCAUGAGACAGGUUUCACUUUUAUUAUGUAUGUCUUCACGCUCGGCUUCGCCACACCGCUCAUCUUCAUACUCUGCUUUUACUAUCUCGUCAUACGGAAAUUGCGCACUGUCGGCCCACAGAAUAAGUCGAAAGAGAAGAAACGUUCUCACCGCAAGGUAACACGUUUAGUACUGACCGUCAUCACGGUUUAUAUACUUUGUUGGUUGCCCUUCUGGAUCUCACAACUAAUACUCAUCACGACUACACCCAGUCCAUGUGCUACACGCCUGGAAAUUGCCAUCUUUCUGCUUGUCGGCUGUCUCGGUUACUCCAACUCGGCGAUGAAUCCCUUUCUCUACGCUUUUCUAAGUGAAAACUUUAAAAAGAGCUUCCGCAAAGCAUUCGCCGCCAUAACCGCAUUAAACGCGAAGGACACAACGUUCACGGCCAGCGGCACCGGUACUGUGCCUACAGCUGAACUGCAUAGCAAAGAUAUUAGUAUGUUCAGCAAGUUGGGUAAGAAGAGUCGCAAAUUAGCGGCUAUACGACAACAACGGCAAAAGCAAAAGGAGGCGCUACUAGGUGUGGAUAGUAAUACAACAACUUUGCUUACAAAUACCACAUACGGCACGGCUGCAACCGCGACAACAAUGACCGUGGCCGAAACGUCCGAGACAUUGCCGACGGAAAUUACAAAUGCCAAUCCCACGCUCGUUGCGUGCUGUGACAAUGGUCAGCUGAUUAAAGGCGACAAUACAACAGCUGAUUCUUCGACGCUGAGCGCUGUCAGUGUGGUGAACACGGCGGCAGACUUGCAAGCCAAUGGCGCUGUGGCACAUGCAAAUGCGGCAACGGAGCGACCGCCGGUGUUGCGCACAGAUUUAUAAGAUAAUUGAAGCGAAAUGGGUAUGUGUGUGUGGAAAGCGAGUUUAGAAACGUUAGAGAAGAAACGUAAGGCGAGCUCAUCUGUAUACUCUCUGUCGCACUGCUAGAGUGCUUAGCGCUUAAGUUUAAGUAAUUAAUAUACGGCUGUUCAAACUGUUUAAGAUGAAAGAGUACUUACAUAAUAUUAAUAAUGACUACUGUUAAUUAUCUCACUUUGUUUUUGCAACUAUAUAAGUACUACAUAAAUAAUUAAUUAUGUGUCUGCUACUGUAAAAACUCUGCAUAAACCUUAUUAGUUAUGGAUAAAUAUGUAUAUAAUUGCUCAGCAAACCAUUUCUAAAAUUAUAAUUCUAAGCUUCUAAUUUAAUAAUAGCAACUACUGAAAUAAUUAAUAAUAAUUCCUAAUGCUGAAAUGCAAAAAAAAAUAUUUUCUACCAUAGUAUUCAAUGUCUUCUGGGUAGUAUGUGUUAAGCUCCUUGCAUAAUAGCAUAUAAGGUAUUAAAUAGUCCGUUAAGUAUUUGUGUACCUGUACAUAUCAGUGAUUGUAUGUAAAUUAAUGUUCAAAUGUCAU